UGCGUGUGUGUGUGUGUGUGUGUGCGUGUGCGUGUGUGUGUGUGUGUGUUUGUGGGAGGGAGAGACUCUAAAAAGAAGUCAAACAGGUCGGACUGAUCUCCAAACAAUGGCUGCCAACAGGAUCUGUGCCUCUGGAAACUUUGUAGGCUGGGGAUUUUAAGUCUUUUAAUCUGGCCUGGGAAUCUUUUCGGUUUUUCAAACCCCGGUGACGGUGCCACAGGUCGUUUAAACUACAGUUAAACUACAGGAGAGGAAGAGGAAGAGAGAGUGAGAAUCCAGGUAUGGCUCAGCAAGCCACAACAUGACCGGCAGUGAAUUCCUUCUGCGUGUGAGAUGAGGUGUUUUUUGUGUCUUGCGAUGCCGCUGGCUCUGUGUCGCCCAGGACUGCUGCUCAGCUUCAUCACUGUCUGCUCCUGUCUGGACCCAGACUGUGUCCUCGGCAUAGUCGGCCGGCCGGUGUUCCUGCCCUGCCUCCACCCCAACAUAUCCGCCUCUGUGAAUGUGUCCAUCGAGUGGAGGAGAGGGGACGAGGUGGUGCUCAGAUCGGACUGGGGAGAGGACGGACAGUGGGACAGACGGAGCACUGACAGCGCUGCGAUCUCUGCUGACGCUGCCCUGACCGGAAACCUGUCCCUGCUGCUGCCAUCAGUGGAUCCCAAAGAGGACAACACCUACUUUAGACUGUUCAUCCUCUCAGAGGGGAAUCAAAGUGCAGCCGUGUGCACUGUGUGUCUCUCAACAGCAGCCAGUUUCAGUCCCCCAGUGCUGGAGAGGGAGGAGGCAGCGCAGGGAGAGGAGAUAGCCUUCUGGUGUCACUCCACUGGUGGUUUCCCUGAACCUGCCAUCUACUGGCUCAUCAACGACACAGAGAAGCCCCCUGAAGGGUCAGUGAGGACCCUGACCACGUCACUCCCUGACUCCAACCUCUACAACAUCACCAGCCAUCUGACGGUCAACAUUUCCAAGGACUCCAGCGUGUCGUGCAUGAUAGAGAACCAGUCCAUGAACCAGAACUUAACCUCCACCAGCUAUGGCGUGAAGAGGGCCCCGCUGAACAAGCGAGCGUCAGACGCCAUGUGGAUCUUCAGCACCGCUCUCUGUGUGGUGGUGGGGAUCAUGGUGGCAGUGGGAGUGGUCUAUCAGAUCCACCUGGACAGGACAAGCAAGCGGAAGAAGAAGGAGUUCCGUAAACAUCAGCUGAGCAAAGCUUACGACAGACAUCAGAACGGGGAGGAGACAGAGGUCAUGAAGCCAGCGUCCAUAGAGACUGAUGUUUAAAAUCCUCCUAAAGUGGGAGGGCAACAGAGCACUGAUUUGUACAUGUUUGUUGUGUGUGUGUGUGUGUGUGUGUGUGUGUGUGUGUGUGUGUGUGUGUGUGUGUGUGUGUGUGUGUGUGUGUGUGUGUGUGUGUGUGUGUGUGUGUGUGUGUGUGUGUGUGUGUGUGUGUGUGUGUGUGUGUGUUUUAACUCCUUAGGACCUUUUCCAGCAUUCACACUUGUCAGGACCAGUAGACCUCAUGUCCUUAGAUUUUGGUUAAAGUUAGGGACAUGAGAUGUGACAGCGUGUGAAUGUAUGUGUGUGUGCGUGUAAACUGAUCAUGUAGAUAUUAGUAAAGUUCCUCAGCUCAUCUCACGUCUUUACUAUCUGUAACCCGGUUUCAUGUUUCCUGAGAAGUUGUUGUUUUUCAAGAUUUAUUAAAGAUUCACAAUCUCAAACCUGAUGCUCUCAAA